AUGCAUCGCGGCCGCAACCAGGAACUUGUCACGAACUGUAUGCCCAGCAUCAUCCAUCGAUCAGCCUGGUCACUCUGCGCUCGCCGUCAGCGGGCUGGGCCCCCAGCAUCAAGCUUGCGGCCUCAAUCCCAACGCCGUGCCUCAGAUUCAUCGCCGCCUUCGCGUCCGGGUGGCAAGGAAGAGGAUGGGCCUCAACGACCGGCGGUUAAGCCUGUGCCAGGUGCAAUGUCGAGGCGUCUGCAAGAGAUGAGCGAUGACAGUCUCGAGACCGGUGGCGUCAGUGCGCGCAAGGCUGUGGAAGAGGCGGGUUUCAGUGAGGAUCUGAAGCGAGAGCUUGAGAAGAAAAUUGCAGACUCGACCUUCAGAAGCGAUAAUGCGAGCGCGUUUGCUCAGGCCAAUAUCCCUGCAAGCGCUGGCAGAGGUACGCGGGACAUCGCUGCAGCAAAGCACUGGACUGGGAGCGAGAGCGUUGGAGACGCCUCAUUGCGCAUGCUGGACGACUCCCACAAGCGUAUACGGUCUCCUGCCAAGGUACCGACUCUACGUGGACCACCUGCAAAGGUAGACACUGGUCGUUCUAGGAGUAAGGCUGGCGCAGGUGUUCGUCUCGUCAAUGCUCGAGACAGGUCGUCUGUCUAUUCGUACGCGAACGAACAGGAAGGUCUCAGCGAAGAGGAGCGUGAUAAGUUUCGGAAAGAGAUGAAACAGCGUUUUCAGCCUGGCGCUCACCAUGUACCUGUUUCCGUUCAGGGACUCAACUCUCUUGCCAACCAGAGGAUUGAAGAUGCCAUUGCUCGUGGCCAGUUCAAGAAUCUGCCUAAUCAAGGCAAGCCAAUGGAACGAGAUUACAAUGCUGACAGCCCUUUCAUCAAUAUCACCGAGUACUUCAUGAACAAGAUCAUCAAGAAGCAAGAGAUCACUCCUCCAUGGAUAGAGAAGCAGCAAGAAGUCAUCUCGACUUGUAAUGCGUUUCGACGACGACUGCGGUCAGAUUGGAAAAGACAUGUAUCCCGGGUCAUCGCAAGCAAAGGCGGAAGCCUGGAGAGUCAGAUGCGUCUCGCGGAGCAAUAUGCGUUUGCGGAAAGCAUGCACAAUCCUUCCAAGCAGCAGGUUGGAAAGCUGAAUGCCAUUGAUGGACAAAGCCACAUGCCUCAGAUCACUAUCGCCGGAACUCUUAACACCGCGCCCGCCGACGAUGCUACUACCAUGCAUGAAGAGAUCAAAAUUAUGGAGCAGACCUUCAACGAUGACGGGACACUGAAGCCAGUCGAGCAGCAGGUGAAAGUAUCCUCUGAGCAGCAGCUGCUUACGCAACAACCUCCACCUGAGUUGCCCCGGCGCGUAAUUGUGGCGCCAUUCCGCGAUGCACAGUGGGAGGAGACCGAAAAGUCAUAUCAGACUCUUGCGAUCAAGCAGUUGAAUGACCUCACCCGCUCCUACAACCUGAUGGCGCCAAAUCUCGCAAAGAAGCCUUACUUUGCGCUAGAGCGAGAGCUACAGACCUGCUUCGCGGACGUCGCUCCGCAGGUGGCUGCAGCUAUUCGCGAGCGAGCCUUAGCACCCAAGGUGAAGGGUGUUGAAGUAGUAGGUCACAAGCCUGGAUCAGUGCUUGAGAAGUUCUCGGUGGAUAAGGCAAGCCAUGUUUACGAUGAGAGAAAACCGCAGUAUGGCUUCAAGCAAUUCUGGCGAGACUUGUUUGGGCCAAGGUCAUGA